UAGCCCUCGAACGUUUAACACACACUCAACGGACUGUUGAUUUGUGGAUUUGUGCUCAGUGACAGUGCGACCAACCGACCGACAACUCAACGACAAGUGGUAGAAUUACAAAACAAAAAAAAAAAAACAAUACAGCCAGCAACGCUUAUACAUCGCGGAGUUCGUUGCAAGGCAAGAAGUUGGGUGUGAGUGUGUGUGUGUGUGUGUGUGACUGUGUUUGCGACUGCGGCGGCUCUGGGCCAUAAACUUCAACUCCCUUCAGUUGAGUUUUAACUUCGAACUGGCUAUGUUGGCCUUUGGCGCAAAGAGUACAAGAUACAGAGAUACAAAAAAUUAAACUAUCAAACUAUUGCUUGGGACGGUUUCGAGAGUUUGAUGAAGCACCGGUUUUUGAAUUUCCCAACCGAAUGCCCAUUAUAGAGCGCGAGGCGACGACGCAACGACAAGUGUUCACCCCAUAACAUUUUUGAAUAUGAAUGGUGGCCGGAAUUGAUGGCUUUGUUUGAAUGCGUCUUUACGUGGGUUAAUACCCCGAAAUAGUAAAACAAGACAAGUGUUCGAUUUUGAGAUUUUCUAUUGUUUGGUGUGAUUUUUGAGUGAGCAGUAGUAACGCGCGCGUGACGAAGAACAAAACGAAGAAGAGAUAAAUUUGUAAGCGUUAAAAAAUAACGUAAGCCAAAAAAACAGAAAAACAAAAACCGUCAAAUCAAUGAAUGGAUGAAUCAAAUUUCAGUUUCAAAUCAUCGAUUUAUGAAUGAAUGAAUACAACUACAACAACAACGAACUUAUUAAUGUGUUAGUGAAUGUCUAAUGAAGUUUUACAUUUCGAAAGAAAAAACCCAAAAGUAUGUUGGCGUUUCCUGCCUUGGCAAAGGCCUACUUUAAACAGAAUCGUCAAAACGCUUUGUAAUAUCUCAUAAAAUCCAUAACGAAAACUUGUGAGCCAUAAAAGAUCAGAAUAGAAAAAAUUAUAACAAAAGAAGACAUAAAUAACAGUGGCGUAAUUUAGUUAAAACAUCCAAGAACAGCUGCCACCAAACAUCCAAGCGAAGAACAGAACCUUGGCUGGUUGUUGUCCAAAAUAAUUGAAAGUGCUGUGAGCCCGUGUCGUGUGUUAUUAUUGUGCUGCAGUGUGACUGUGUUGACCAACAUUUAAGGAAUAAACUCGUUUUCAGCCAAUCCUUGUGCCAAAAACAUAAAAAACAAAACGCAAACCCAAAAACACCAGCUCAACGACCGACCACAGAGCCAAAAAAAAAAAACAAAACUUGAUCUCCUUCAUUUGUUGUUGUCUGGCUGGCGGCCUGAGCUAAGAAAGACAUUCAUACAUUUUGUUAGCCGAGCAGCAGUGUAUCUGCAGCAGCCAAAACAAGUCAAAGCAGCAGCUUGCAACAUUUAAUGCCACAAGAUGCAUCUGCCGUUAACACAUUUUCGGAUAACUUUGACAUUUACUUUGCUGGCGGUGAUUACAGCGACCGCGGUGGCACAAUCCACGACACCAAUACAAAAGUUUCGUGUUACCCCCCACGAUCUACAGAUCUUGGAGGGAACAGACACGUUAAUGCGCUGUGAAGUAGCCAAUCGUGCCGGUCAAGUUCAGUGGACAAAAGAUGGAUUCGCCUUGGGCUUUUCGGCUGUGAUUCAUGGCUUUCCACGUUAUUCGGUUUUGGUGGAUGCCACAAAUGGUGUUUACAAUCUUCAAAUCAAGAAUGCCUCUCUGGAGGAUGAUGCCGAAUACCAGUGCCAAGUGGGGCCAGCUGCAGGGAAUCCUGCCAUUAGAGCCAAUGCCAAGUUGAGCAUUGUGGCGGCGCCCAGUUCAAUUUCCAUAGACGGCUACGCACCCAAUACCAAGGUGGAGGUGAUCGAGAAGCAGAAUUUAACAUUGAAGUGCAUUGCAGAGAAUGCCAAUCCUGCAGCAAAUUUGGUGUGGAAUAGCAACAAUGUACCCGUCACUGGAGUUAAACCCCAUGUCGAAAUUACUGAAACUGCCCCAAAACGUUUCACCACCGUCUCCACCAUUACCAUACAACCGAAGGCCGAUGAUGAUUACAAAGAUUUCUCCUGUGAGGCCAAACACAAAGCCCUGCCACCGGAUGUACCGAUGCGAUCGGGCAUACAGUUGUCAGUGUUGUAUCCCCCUGGACCCCCAUUUUUUGAAGGUUAUACCCAGGGCGAAACCUUGCGUCGGGGACAAAAUGUUAAAAUAGCCUGUCGUAGUCGCGGUGGAAAUCCUCCCGCCCAAUUGGUGUGGUAUAAAAAUGGUGAAGUUAUCAGUUCGCCCCAAAGAACUUCUGGGCGCUUGUCGGAAAAUACCUACAGCUUUGUUGCUGAUGCUUCUGACAACGGUGCCAAUUUGGUGUGUGAGGCCAAAAACAUACUGUCCAAUACCGCCUUUAAGGCCGAACUAAAUCUGACGGUUUUGUUUGCCCCCAAGGAAGUGACCAUUAGCGGAGCCACAGAAGCCAAGGUAGGGGAUGUGGUACAAUUGACUUGUCUCACAGCACCCUCCAAUCCACCGGCACGCAUUAGUUGGUCGCUUAAUGGACGCCCGCUGAGUAACUCCACCUACAAGACACAAAAGAGUGUGGAGGGUGGUUGGUUUUCCACUUCGAAUGUCUCUCUGACCAUUGACUCCAAUUCGCGUACAUUUGUGGUGGUGUGCCAUGCCCUAAAUGUGGAACUGACACAAAAUGUGGUGGGUUCCCACAGUGUCAAUGUCUUGUAUCCACCCUCGCUACCCCUGCUGACGGGUUACAAUGAAGGUGAUGUCAUCACUUCGGGUUCUGUUAAGAAAUUGCAAUGUUCCACUUCCGGUGGCAAUCCUCCCCCCGUGUUGACUUGGUACAAGAAUGACAAGAAAUUGAAUACCCAAGCGAAAAUUCACGAUUCCAAGGUGAUAUCGGAGUUAACAAUUUUAGUGAAUUCCAGCGACAACAACGCCAUCUACAAAUGUGAAAUACAAAGCCCAGCCAUAGAAAUUCCUCUUUUCGCAACGAAAACUUUAAAUGUCCAUUUCCCUCCCGAAACCGUAAAAAUAUCGGUGGAGCCCAAGAACCUGGUGCCUGGCAUUAGGGCAAAAUUGAUUUGUGAUUCCAGUUCGAGUAGUCCCCCGGCCAAGGUUUCUUGGUGGAAGGACGGCAUACCUGUGGAGGGUGUUAACCUAUCGACCAAACCCGGCCUCUGGGGAGGCUCAGUGUCCACUCUGGAGGUAUAUGUAAACAUCACUCAGGAUUUGGAUGGCAUUACCUAUACCUGCCAGUCCAUCAAUGAAGUUCUGCAAAGGAGUGUACAUGAGACUGUCAAUUUGGAUAUUUUGUAUCCCCCGAAAUUCGAAAAUCCUCAAAUGACCUCUUACAUGGGUGUGGAAGGAGAACCUUUGCGCAUUGAAUUGCAUGCCAGUGGCAACCCCAUGGCCAUGACCUACACUUGGACCAAGGACGGCUUGCCAAUAAUGAGCAACGCUCUAGGUCAACGCAUAAUAUCGGACGGUGCCACCUUGAAUAUAAGCAAACUAUCGAGAAACGAUGCCGGCAACUACAUUUGUGAAGCCAUGAAUUCCCAAGGCACUGCAAUCAUGGAGGUUCAAGUCGUUGUGGAAUACCCACCUUCCAUUGAAUCGGUCACCGAUGGCUCGAGCUUCGCCGAGGGUGAUGACGCGGUAUUGGCCUGCUCCAUUAUGGCCCGACCUUUGGCUGCGGAGCACGUUACCUGGAUUCGUGCCGGUUACGACAUGUCCCAACGAACCACCAUAACAUAUGACAAUGGCACCUCAUAUUUGCACAUCAGCCAUGUUCAGCGUUCGGAUAUUGGCAAUUUCACCUGCGUUGUGGACAAUCAACGAGGACCACCUGCCCAAAAAGAAGUUUUGCUUGUUGUGCAAUCUGCCCCUGAAUUGGAUCAUUCACCUGCCUAUGUUCGCUUUGCUGCUCGCAUGGGCGAACGUGGUCGCCUAGCGUGCAAAGCUUUGGCUGCACCUCAGCCAAGCUUCGUGUGGCGUCGCAAUGGCAAGGACCUGAAAAUGCGUCGCAGUAAAUUUAAGGCUCUCGAACGUAAGCUGGAUGCCUUGACUCAUGAAGCCACCCUCAUCAUUGAGAACACCUCGGCCGACGAUUAUGGCCAGUAUGAGUGCGUGGCCCGUAAUUCACAUGGCCAGGCCAGCGCUUCUGUGGAGUUUUCAAAGCCCACUAGACCUGAUACGCCCUUGGAAUUGCUGGUUAAUAACAUAACGGAUAGCGGUGUGGAUUUGGCUUGGGUGCCAGGUUUCGAUGGCGGAUUGCCGGUGUACUAUCGCCUGCGUUACAAGGUCCACAACGAGGACAAAUACCGACAUGUCGAUGCCAAACCAGGUAGUUUGAACAUCAGCAUAGAUGGCCUGAAAUCGGGCAGUACUUAUGUGUUUUCUGUUAUGGCUGCCAAUGAGGCAGGAGGCAGUAAAUUUUUGCCGGACAUUAAACUGACCUUGACCAAAGGAUCUCAGCCCUAUUCGGCGGAACUGAAUGAGAAGGACGAAAUGCCCAAUAUGAUGAUAAUUGGCAUUACCUCGGCUGCCAUGGUACUGCUGGUCCUGAAUGCCGCCUUGGUUGCUUGGUUUGUGAUACGACGCCAGAAUAAGAGCUCAUCGGAAGCUGAAACACCGAACGAUGAUGCCUACUCCAAGGAGGACAAUCAGUCUGUGUACAAGUUGCCCAUUUCUGCUCUGCAGGCUGAUGUCCAAAAACAGGCCACCUCCACUUACCUGGUGGAAAAUGUUGACAUUAUACAGUCGACCGCGUAUCCGCCCAAGUACCAGGAGAGCUCCAUGUGCACGCCACCAUACAUGUGCAAUCCGGACUUUACGCGCACACUGCCCAACCCCAAGCGCCACAGUAAUCGCUCGGGAAUGCCCGAACAGAUGAACCGCUCCAAAGACGAUCACAUGCUAAUAUCGAAUGGCAUGUACAUACCAUCACCUUCGCCAGCCUCCUCGCUGGUCAUCAAGGGCAGCUACAUAUCAUCGCCAUCGCCGGCCCCACCACCAGAUGGCUCGUACUUCAACAUGAGCGACAAGUACAUUUCGUAUCCACCCGUGGCCUACUGAAGCAUCACCACGGCUGAGGCAGCAGUAGUGUCAACGCAAAAUGGCCCGCAUCAGCACUCUCAUACCAAUGGUGGAAACUCAUAGAGCUUCUAACUCAGAUUAAGUAGACUGACGAACACAAACACAAAAACAAACAAAAAAAGAAGAGCAUUUCUCGAAAAAACAAAAACAAAACGAAUCAUAUGAAAAAAACAAAACAAAACUGAAAUCGAAUCAAUUACAAAGUGGUACAAACGUUACGAAUUCAACCGAGUCAACUAGAAAAGGUGGUAAAGCGGGUGCAAGCAGACUGCCUAACGCUCAAGCGCACCAAUCGCCCAAUCGCCUAAUCCCCAACAGCAACAAUGUCAUUUCUGUUUGCUCCUCCAAGCAAAGCGCGUCAGGAGAAAAUAAAAUUCCAAGUUUGUGCUUUAAGGCUGUGAUAUCGAAAAUACCUGCUGGAAUGUUUGUGGCAGAAGACCCAUGAAGAAAGAAGUAGAAGGGAACCAAUAUGUGAAGAGCCAAUUCAAAGUUCCCCAAAGGCAUGUACGCACAAUCGAAAAAGGCGUCAUAGGCAUCACUUUAAACGCUGGCAUCACAUCGAAAAGCACCAAACAGCAGUGGUGCUCCCAGCUCCCCAGCUCAUCAAUCAUAAAGUGAGAGUGAGUGAAUGCUGGAGAGGAGAGCCUUCAUGCCGUGGGUUACCCGCACAACAUGCAGCUGACAAACAUGAUAGCAGGUUUAUUUUCACCCCGUAGAUUUAUAUUUUAUACUUAACACACACACACACACACAUGCAGACUCCAAAUGCCCUUAUGGACCAUAAAAUUUCAAAGGCACUUUUUGGUGUAUGUUGGUUUUUAGCAUGCGGUGAAAUCCUGUGGUCGAUAACGGUCUUUGGACAAUGACGAUUAUUACAUUUAGUGUCCAAAAUAGUUAUAGUUCAUAAAUCAUUUCUUCUCUAGAUUAACUUUUUAGCAUUUUAUUAACAUAAAAGCAGAUGAUAUAUACACAAACACACACACACACACACAUAACUUAUGGUUAGUCACCUACCAACCCCUACUCUUGCCAUCCAACCACCCCUCCUCGUCCUGCUCCUUCCAAUGGACGCAUAUUUAUCAGGCAAUUGAUAAGAAUAGCAAAAGUACCAAAAAGUCCCAACUUCCAACUCCAACGGAGUACUCCCAUCCUCUUUCAAAAAAAAGCAAAAAAAACUCUACCAAUUUCGCAUUCUUCCUGUUGAAACCAUUUUAUCUCUAUUUACAAAAAGAAACAACAACAACAAAAAAACUCAUAAAACCUACAAAAUUAGCAUUUAAGAUAAAAAGCAAAGUUGUAAGCAAAUGUUGCCAAUGUUCAUUUACGAAGGGAGUUUAGUCUCCCCCUUCCAGCCAUCAAAAAGGAAACACAAACCGACUGGCUGACUGACUGACUGACAGCAGCAAAGAGAAGCAAAAACCACAAAAAUUCAAAUGUUUAGCAUAAUUAUAUUUACACCGAAUUAAACAAAACGACGAGCAAAAAAUACACACGAGUUACAACCCAGAACCCCUUGCCCUCCCUUACAAAGCGCGUCAUUUCAUCAAUCGCAUCUCUCAGCCAUCUGUCUAAUUUAAAUUAAAUCAGCUUUGCAGAAUUUCGACGAAGAUGGAUUCAAAAUUAAGGUAGAUACGAUGAUUGAUAUACAGUUGUAUGCCUUUCCCAAAAAAAAAAAAUGUUGCGUCACAAAAUAUAGCAACCUGGCAAUAAUUUUAGAAAUUGUACAACUUUAGAAUUAUUUUAAAAUUUCCAUAAGUCAGACUGCAAUAGCUUUUCAAAGUUUGAAGUAACUUUUCAAGCGACCAAUUAAAUUUGAACAUCUUCACUGCCAAUAUCGACAUCUACAAUACAAUCCCUUGACCUUAAUAAAAAUUUUUAAGUCAUUGGUUCCGAUUUCUUUUUAUACCCUCCACCAUAGGAUGGGGUAUACUAAUUUCGUCAUUCUGUUUGUAACACCUCGAAAUAUGUGUCUGAGACCCCAUAAAGUACAUAUAUUCUUGAUCGUCAUGUCAUUUUAAGUCGAUCUAGCCAUGUCCGUCCGUCUGUCCGUCCGUCUGUCGAAAGCACGCUAACUUUCAAAGAACUAAAGCUAGCCGCUUGAAAUUUUGCACAAAUAGGUCGGUUGGUAUUGUUAAUGGGCCAAAUGGGUCCAUGUUUCGAUAUAGCUGCCAUAUAAACCGAUCUUGGGUCUUGACUUCUUGAGCCUCUAGAGGGCGCAAUUCUCGUCCGAUUUGCCUGAAAUUUUGCAUGUAGUGUUUCCGUAUUACUUCCAACAACUGCGCUAAGUAUGAUUUAAUCGGCGUCUAAACUGAUAUAGCUGCCAUAUAAACCGAUCUGGGAUCUUGACUUCGUGAGCCUCUAGAAGGCGCAAUUCUCAUCCGAUUUGGCAGAAAUUUUGUACAUCGGCUUCUCUUAUGACCUUCAACAUACGUGUCUUAUAUGGUCUGAAUCGAUCAAUAGCUUGAUACAGCUCCCAUAUAAACCGAUCUCCCCUACAAGGCGCAAUUCUUAUCAGAAUGAACUGAAAUAUUACAUGACUUCUACAAUGUUCAGCAUUCUUUUAUGGUCCGGAUCGGACUAUAACAUGAAAUAGCUCCAAUAGCAUAACAGUUCUUAUUCAAUAUAGAACUAGGACAAUUGCGAUCCAUGGUGGAGGGUAUAUAAGAUUCGGCCCGGCCGAACGUAGCACACUCUUACUUGUUAUAUACAAUAUUAAGCCUUCCCAAAUCUCCCAACUCAUAUCUUGGAUGUUUUGUUGAAUCUUAGCUUAUUGCCCCCUUAAUUAUUAAAAUGACAAUAACUUUAAUGGAAAGUAAGACGAUGACACAAGGAACCCUCUUAACCGUAACUCAAAAAAGGAAAUAAAUGAACAAAAUAGACAAAAAGAAACUUAAAUAAAACUUAAAUAAAAAAAAAGAUGCAUACAUACAUUGGUCAUGAAUACAAGUGUUUCAUUACUUAAGGUCGUCUGUGUAAAUCGUUUAGCGUUUAACUGUAAAUAUGUUUUUUUUUAUAAAAAUAUUUAUAUAUAUAGGUUUAUAUAUAUAUAUGUACCUACUUAAUAGU